GGUCACGCAGCCUCUGCUCUCGGCGACCGAUAAGACGCGCGUGUGUUGGUGUGGAUAAGAGAGAGUGUAGUGACAUACACUCGGGACAACUUCCUUCCUUAUAUCGUGUAUAAAUAUAACCAUACUCUUCUUUGCCCAAUAAACGCGUGUCGCACAAAUUUAAAAACAAUCCAUGAUAAUAUUAGGGCAGUAAAUGUUGUCUCAAGUUUAUCAAUGUGUGACGCUGGAGAACAAACAUGCAAGAGUGGAGGGCUGUGAGGCGCUCUUCAGGCGGUGGAGCCUCGUACGCUUCUGACGAAGCCGGUAAUGAUGCUCUUGCCGCGCACCACCUGAACACCAUGGCUGAGCCUGCUGGGACCCUCACAGCUAGGCGCAAUGACACCUCGCAUCCAGGGCACCAGGGACGCUCAGACCACCAGGGACGCUCAGACCACCUGGGACGCUCAGACCACCAGGGACGCUCAGACCACCAGGGACGCUCAGACCACCAGGGACGCUCAGACCACCUGGGACGCUCAGACCACCUGGGACGCUCAGACCACCAGGGACGAGAGCGGGUUCGCCGACGAGACGUGUGUGGAGUGUCAGCUGGAGGCACAGAGGGAGUUCUGCCGUGCAAGCGGUUGGCGAUGAGAGGCUCGGUUAAGGCCAAGUGUUUUCCCUCUACUGAGGCUGAAUUAACUGAGACCAAGUGCGCCCCUUACUUCUCUAUUGGCACUUUUGAGGGUCAAGAACUGUCAGCACUUCACUGUGGCGUCUCGUCGCUGACAGAUGAUGUCAGGCCCUUCUGCUGGUGCACUGAUAGUUGGAGAGGAGAGUGCCAGUGCCCCUCUGACCGCACCUGCCCUCAACACGUGCUCCGGGACACGUGCGCGCAGCGCAGUCAACCUUCAGUCUUCUUGAACACUCAGUAUACCCGGAAUAAUAAAAGUAAAGAAAGAGGAAAUGUUGAGUACCGCAGAGCGAGCCACACUUGGCCGCCUACACACUGUAACAGGAGAGAUUACGCAGCGAAUUCUCACACCAACUUAGUAAAGUGUUCCAAGUUAAGUGGGUGUUAUCUAAAGCAGCGAUUACCGACAGGCGCCACAAGGCCGGAAAUGGGGGCGGUGUUGGUGGUAAUUGUGGUGGCAAUGGUGGCCGGUUGUUGCCAAGCGUUGCCCACACGGUCCCCACACCCGCUCCCACACUCUCACCCACGCCCACUACCACGCCCACUACCACGCCCACUACCACGCCCACAUGUCUUCAACACCUCCCUGGAAACAGACGGACUCAGAAGAGGUGACUGUGAUGUCUUGGUGACUGGGAUCCCUUGGUGA